AUGGGUUUCAGCAACUUCUUCGUGAUGUUGAGGGCCAAGAGCCGCUCAAGCAAUAGGCUUCAGAAAAAAGAGCACUUGUCUCUGGCUCUUUCAUCCAAUGCCUGCAAUGCGCUCAAAGAGACUAUUGCGGUUGUGGGCACUCAAGGGUCGCAGCUGAAGAACUCCCCCGCGUCCCAGUGGACGCUCACUGUGCCGCCUACUAUCCCAAUCGCAUCAGCCGCAGGAUGCGCAGGUUCGGCAGAGACCGCCUUGGCGCUGCUGCACCACUCCAGCGGCAACGCACCGCAUGUCCAGGUCUUCUCGGAUGGCAAGGUCGUCGCCAUCUGGAUUUUGCAGGCGGCUGGAGUCUCCGGCUUGUCUCUCCCGGGCGGCUACCAACUCCCCCGGGCUCCGGGCCGGGCUCCGGGCCGGCCACAGGCACUCCCCGCCGCGGCCGCAGCAAAAGCCACGGGCGCUCGCAGCAGGAAAGCAGCCAAGACGCGCAAGAGAAAGGCACGUCAUCCCGGCGAGCCUCAAGACGACAAAGACAGCGACGACAGCGAUAGAGAGCCUGACGACCCCCAAGACCCCGAGGGCCCCGAGGAUGCUGCCGACGAGCCCCGGCGUGGCCGGAACUUCGCCUGCCCCUUCUACAAGCUGAACCCGCACGAGUACGCGGACUGCUGUAGGAAGAAGCUUAACACGAUCUCGCGCGUCAUGCAGCACUUCAGGCGGUGCCACGCCAUGCCCGCCGAGACGCGGGGGUACUUCCACUACUGUGCACGCUGCUUCACGCAGUUCAGGGAUGACGAGGAGAGCAUCUGGCGAGAGCACUGCGUCGCCUGCGUCACCGUGGAGCCGGCUCCGGACGACCUGUUCAACAACGAACUCGAGGAGCUGCACCGCCUGUUCGAGACCAACUCGCGGCUCCCGCCACCAAGACGGUGGUACGAGCUGUGGGACCAGGCCUUUGGCGUGUUCGGACAUGCCCGCCCCUCCUCCCCAUACGUUGAGCACGGCGUCGCCGAGGUGAUUGGACUGAUCCGCUCCCAGGGCGUGGCCAGGCUUGCCGCUCAGAUAGAUACCGUGCUUCAGAACCACUGCGUCUUGCCGGGCCUCGCCCCAAUGUUCCGGCGGUUUGCGCAGGACGUUGUCGACAUCAUCUUGACGCCGCCGGCCCUUGUAACCAGGCGAACCACCCGGCCGGCCGCUGCGGCCGGGCAAGCCCCCCCGCGCCUACCUUCGCCCGCCACCGCCUUUGUCGAUAGGCCCGAGGGCUCCGAGCAGCUCCAAGAUGCCAGGCUAUAUGACGACAGGCUGCAUGACAUCGUGUCGUAUGGCGACGAGCUGCCCAUCGACCCCGCACUUGAUGACGCCGUGCUAGGCCUGCAAGGGCAUCCCGAUGGGGCUGGUGCCCAUCUCGACAACAGCGGCGAGGCAUCAGGUCCGUCCUCUGCGCCGUAGAUGAUGUCUACUGCCCUAUGCCAGUCACCCGAACGCCUUUGACCCAGCCUCGUAUGCUCCAGGUCUAGCCUCAGAUGCAUCAGACCCAGCCACAAACG